AUGUCCAACAUCGUUACGCUCGCCGCCGACUACGAAAAGCAGAAUUUAUUACUACAAGCAGCCGCCGAAGCUAUUCCGCAUGCAUUCGAUAAAUGCACUUUGAACGGCAAUCCGACCGCUCGCGGAAACCAGAAAUUUGAGAUCAACGAAUUUAACAAGUAUAAUCAAAACUUUCGAGAUGGAGGGCGCUUUUGUCGCUGUCAUAGUCUGUACGAUGGCGAGAAGGAGAGGGAGACUAUGGUACAGUGUCUUGCAUGUGAAGACUGGUUUCACGAGAGUUGCUUGAACCUUCGGGAACGCAUUCCGCCUCGUGAAGAAACGAGCGCCGAGUCGCCAGCGUCCAGUCUACCGCCAUCCGACCCGUCAGAACCUGGCGAGGUACCCAAGGCAGAAAAUUCAGCAGAGGAUACGCAGGGAGAAGAGACAACUGGACGAUAUUGGGACUAUGAGGAUGAAGACGAUGACGAUGACCCAUCAAUACCCAAGGCACUUAUUCCACCAGCAGAUUACGACGUAUUCAUAUGCGGAGAAUGUGUUACUGCCAGCCCAAUGCUCCUCAAGUGGGCAGGUUCGGACGGCGCACGGAUGGUUGUGCGCUCUAGCGCCUCCGAAGAUUGGUUUGUCUAUCCACGGACUCUAGAAACAAAACAGGAAGAGGAAACAUCCUCGACUCUGGAUACCAAAGUUGGAGAGAAGCGCACAUUGGACCAGAUGACGGGCUCGAGCGAAGGACACCCACAUGAACCCCCAGCAAAGAAACCUCGAAGGGAUUCAGCUCCAUGCGGCGCGCCUACUCCUGACGCGGCAAUCCGGGAACUUCUUGAGUGUAUCAAAUUAAAGAAGGGACCUUACCUCGAAGGAGAAGGUCUUCAGGGCGCUGGGGAUAUUUUCCUGACAGCGGGAUGGCGUGACAGAUGGUGUAAAUGCAAAGAGUGCUCCCUUUACCUGGCCUCGCGUCCAUAUUUAGAAGAGGAAGAAGAGACGUAUGAGCCACCUGAAGACCCAGACGCCGGUCUCUCCCUCGAGGAGCUGGGAAUGAAGGCCCUAAAUACUCUCCCGCGUGACCGAGCGAUUGAUGGCAUUAGGGCAUUCCAGGAAAUGAGCGCCGACCUGAACGCGUUUCUUGCUCCAUUCGCGCAAGAGGGGCGCGUCGUGACUGAAAAGGAUGUCCAAGAUUUCUUUGAGAGUCGCCGCCGCCAACAGCAGAAGCCGUAG